CAAGUAUCAACGGUCCGUCAUAACUUUUUAGAAGAGUGUCGUCACUCGUCAGUGUUGAUUGUAUAACGCAUUUCUUAAACUCGACGAAUCAUUUGUAUUUGUCAUCUUAUUAGUUAUUACUAGGUCCAGUCGUUAGAUUGAAUGAAGAGUCGAAUACGCUUCACAAUCGUCUCUUGCCGUGCCCAAGUGUGAAAAUAUGGCUUCGUCGCCGUCAUGGGAAGAUUUGAGGAAACAGGCCAGGAGGCUGGAAACAGAAAUCGACUCCAUGUUAGUGUCAUUAAGUAAAAUAAGUACUAAUAAUCCCAUGAUGUAUAGCGACGAUGAAUCACAAUUGUUGUUGUCUGAUGAUCGAUUUGAAACUGCUACAUCUGAAAUUGAAGAGCUGCUAUCUAAGCUUAAUACGGUCAAUGAAAAAAUGGGUGAAUGGAGUUCCAACGGGGAACAAUCUAUAGUUUCACAAAAUGUGCAUACUGUACAGCGUCACAGAGAUAUUUUACAAGAUUACACUAAAGAGUUUCAAAAAAUACAAUCCAAUGUUAGAGCUCGAAGGGAAAGGGAAGAUUUGUUGCAUAGUGUUCGGCAGGACAUUGAUGGCUACAAGAAUUCUGGAACAAAAAACAGACGUAUGGAUUUGUAUGUCAAAGAACAUGAACAUGUACGUAAUUCAGAUCGUUUAGUAUCUGAUCAGAUUGCAAUUGCAAUGGAAACCAGAGAACACUUGGUAUCGCAACGGCAUCAUUUUAAACGUUUACAAUCCAGACUUCAUGAUUUAUCUAGUAGAUUUCCUGCUCUCAACACCCUUGUACAAAAAAUUAAUAUGCGUAAAAAACGUGAUUCUUUAAUAGUGGGAGGAGUUAUUGUUAUAUGUACUUUUAUAAUACUGUUAUACACUUUUCAUUAGGAAGAUUUUUGAAUUGGUGGUUAAUAUAUAAAUGGGUAUUAAUACAAAUUUUGUUUUUAAAUAAUUACAAAGAUAAAUUUAUUUUUCUUACAUUA